GCGGCGCCGGCAGGUUGGCGGCGGCCGCUAUUUGAGCGCUAGUCCGGGACCCGGCGCUCAGAGCGCUUCGAGCUAGCGCGGCGGAGAGAUCGAGCACGAAGCCCGCAGAGGUGCUGCGGCUCGGGCAGCCCCGGAGGCCCCGCGCGAAGAAGGCGGCGGAGGAGGAGAGGCGAUUGCCGCCUGCCGCCCGCGCCCCCCCAACCCGCCGCCGCCGCCCCCACCCCUCCCCGCGGCGCCGCAUCUUGAAUGGAAACAUGGCGGUGCCGGCUCGGACCUGCGGCGCCUCUCUGCCCGGCCCGGCACGGACCGCGCUCAGCUGGCCCGGCCGCGGCUCGCGGCCCGGCCUCAGCGCCCGGCGGCCGGCGGCUCGGCCCCCGCGCCCGCUGUCGCUGCUACUGCCGCCGCUGCUGCUGCUCCCGCUGCUCGCCGCCCCCGGCGCCUCUGCCUACAGCUUUCCUCAGCAGCACACGAUGCAGCACUGGGCCCGGCGCCUGGAGCAGGAGAUCGAUGGCGUGAUGCGGAUCUUUGGGGGUGUGCAGCAGCUCCGUGAGAUCUACAAAGACAACAGGAAUCUGUUUGAGGUGCAGGAGAAUGAGCCUCAGAAGUUGGUGGAGAAGGUGGCGGGGGACAUUGAGAGCCUGCUGGACAGGAAGGUGCAGGCCCUGAAGAGAUUGGCUGACGCUGCAGAGAACUUCCAGAAGGCCCACCGCUGGCAGGACAACAUCAAGGAGGAAGACAUAGUGUACUAUGAUGCCAAGGCCGACGCUGAGCUGGACGACCCUGAGAGUGAGGAUGUGGAAAGGGGGUCCAAGGCCAGCACCCUACGGCUGGACUUCGUUGAGGACUCGAACUUCAAGAACAAGGUCAACUAUUCAUACACGGCUGUGCAGAUCCCCACGGACAUCUACAAAGGCUCCACCGUCAUCCUCAAUGAGCUCAACUGGACGGAGGCCCUGGAGAAUGUAUUCAUUGAGAACCGCAGGCAGGACCCCACACUCCUGUGGCAGGUCUUCGGCAGUGCCACGGGAGUCACUCGCUAUUAUCCAGCCACCCCAUGGCGAGCCCCCAAGAAAAUCGACCUGUACGAUGUCCGAAGGAGACCCUGGUAUAUCCAGGGGGCCUCGUCGCCCAAGGACAUGGUCAUCAUCGUGGAUGUGAGUGGCAGCGUGAGCGGGUUGACCCUGAAGCUGAUGAAGACAUCUGUCUGUGAGAUGCUGGACACACUCUCUGAUGAUGACUAUGUGAACGUUGCCUCCUUCAAUGAAAAGGCACAGCCUGUGUCAUGCUUCACACACCUGGUUCAGGCCAACGUGCGUAACAAGAAGGUGUUCAAGGAAGCUGUGCAGGGCAUGGUGGCCAAGGGCACCACAGGCUACAAGGCCGGCUUUGAGUAUGCCUUCGAUCAGCUGCAGAAUUCCAACAUCACUCGUGCCAACUGCAAUAAGAUGAUCAUGAUGUUCACGGACGGCGGUGAGGACCGCGUACAGGACGUCUUUGAGAAGUACAAUUGGCCCAACCGGACGGUGCGCGUGUUUACUUUCUCCGUGGGGCAGCACAACUACGACGUCACACCCCUGCAGUGGAUGGCCUGCACCAACAAAGGUUACUAUUUUGAGAUCCCUUCCAUCGGUGCCAUUCGCAUCAACACGCAGGAAUAUCUAGAUGUAUUGGGCAGGCCCAUGGUGCUGGCGGGCAAGGAGGCCAAGCAGGUUCAAUGGACCAACGUGUACGAGGAUGCACUGGGGCUGGGGUUGGUGGUGACAGGGACCCUCCCUGUUUUCAACCUGACGCAGGAUGGCCCUGGGGAAAAGAAGAACCAGCUGAUCCUGGGCGUGAUGGGCAUUGACGUGGCUCUGAAUGACAUCAAGAGGCUGACUCCCAACUACACGCUUGGAGCCAACGGCUACGUGUUUGCCAUUGACCUGAAUGGCUACGUGUUGCUGCAUCCCAACCUCAAGCCCCAGACCACCAACUUCCGGGAGCCUGUGACCCUGGACUUCCUGGAUGCAGAGCUGGAGGAUGAGAACAAGGAGGAGAUCCGUCGGAGCAUGAUCGAUGGCAACAAGGGCCACAAACAGAUCAGAACACUGGUCAAGUCCUUGGAUGAGAGGUACAUAGACGAGGUGAUGCGGAACUACACCUGGGUGCCUAUAAGGAGCACCAACUACAGCCUAGGGCUAGUGCUCCCGCCCUACAGCACCUUCUACCUCCAAGCCAACCUCAGUGACCAGAUCCUGCAGGUCAAGUUGCCAAUCAGCAAACUGAAGGAUUUUGAGUUCCUGCUCCCCAGCAGCUUUGAGUCUGAAGGACAUGUUUUCAUUGCUCCCAGAGAGUAUUGCAAGGAACUGAAUGCCUCAGACAACAACACUGAGUUCCUGAAGAACUUCAUUGAGCUCAUGGAGAAAGUGACUCCAGACUCCAAGCAGUGCAACAACUUCCUUCUGCACAACCUGAUCUUGGACACGGGCAUCACACAGCAGCUGGUGGAGCGCGUGUGGCGGGACCAGGAUCUCAACACGUACAGCCUUCUGGCCGUGUUCGCCGCCACUGAUGGUGGCAUCACUCGCGUAUUCCCCAACAAGGCAGCUGAGGACUGGACAGAGACCCCUGAGCCCUUCAAUGCCAGCUUCUACCGCCGCAGCCUGGAUAACCAUGGCUAUGUCUUCAAGCCCCCACAACAGGAUGCCCGGUUAAGGCCGCUGGAGCUGGAGAAUGACACGGUGGGCAUCCUCGUCAGCACGGCUGUGGAGCUCAGCCUAGGUGGACGCACACUGAGGCCAGCAGUGGUAGGCGUUAAGCUGGACCUAGAGGCCUGGGCUGAGAAGUUCAAGGUGCUAGCCAGCAACCGUACCCACCAGGACCAGCCUCAGAAGCAGUGCGGCCCCAACAGCCACUGUGAGAUGGACUGCGAGGUUAACAACGAGGACCUGCUCUGUGUCCUCAUUGAUGAUGGGGGAUUCCUGGUGCUGUCAAACCAGAACCAUCAGUGGGACCAGGUGGGCAGAUUCUUCAGUGAGGUGGAUGCCAACCUGAUGCUGGCACUCUACAAUAACUCCUUCUACACCCGCAAGGAGUCCUACGACUAUCAGGCAGCCUGUGCCCCCCUGCCCCCGGGCAACCUGGGUGCCGCACCCCGGGGCAUCUUUGUGCCCACCAUUGCAGACUUCCUUAACCUAGCCUGGUGGACCUCUGCUGCGGCCUGGUCUUUGUUCCAGCAACUUCUCUAUGGUCUCAUCUACCACAGCUGGUUCCAGGCAGACCCCGCGGAGGCCGAGGGGAACCCCGAGGUGCGCGAGAGCAGCUGCGUCAUGAAACAGACCCAGUACUACUUCGGUUCGGUGAACGCCUCCUACAACGCCAUCAUCGACUGCGGAAACUGCUCCAGGCUCUUCCACGCACAGAGACUCACCCACACCAACCUUCUCUUCGUGGUGGCAGAGAAGCCGCUGUGCAGCCAGUGUGAGGCUGGCCGGCUGCUGCAGAAGGAGACACACUGCCCAGCGGACGGCCCGGAGCAGUGUGAACUGGUGCAGAGACCGCGAUACCGGAGAGGCCCACACAUCUGCUUCGACUACAACGCCACGGAAGAUACCUCAGACUGCGGCCGCGGAGCCUCUUUCCCACCGUCGUUGGGCGUCUUGGUGUCCCUGCAGCUGCUACUCCUCCUGAGCCUGCCUCCCCGGCCGCAGCCUCAAGUCCACGCCCACCCUUCUCGCCGCCUCUGAGUGCCCCUCCCCCCACCAGGCCUCCCCGCCGCUCCCCUGCUCCCUCGCCCCACACUUCCCACCUUAGAGCCUCGCCCCCCUCCCUCACUGAAGGACCUGAGUGCGUCUGGCCCCGAGAAUCUGCGCCUUGGGGGGAGGGGGGGUCCCGAAGGAAGGCGCCGCAGGUCUUUGGCCCCCGAGCCACGUCUGGCUGCUGAACUGUCAGAGUGUCCCCAGACCCCUCAUUCCCACUGGACUCACCCACCCCGGAGGGCUGGGCCAGGGAGGCCACAGUACUGGUGCCAAACCAGGCCUCCACAGCCCGCCCUGCCCCGAGGCUCCCUUUGUGUGGAAGACCGAGGUCUUGCCCCAGUUGGACUCCUCUAACCUGGCCCUUCUGCUACACCCAGGACUAAAUCUGGGAAUAAUGGAGGAAAUUGAGAUGGGCAGUUUGAGGCCUGUGCAUCCCAGCUUAAGUCCUGGCAGGAGAGAGGUCCUGGGGCAGCCCCCAAUGAGCUCCUGCCUCUCUCAGGCCUACAGCCACCUGUCACUCCCCAAGCCCGGCAGGUGGCAGGACAGUGACAGUGACACCGGCUAAGACUCAACCCCAUACACACCUGGAGCCCUGAGGGCAGAAACUGGACUCCGACAUACCCAGGAGGGCACACACACAAACACAGACGUGCACAGACACACACACCCUGGGGUGGGGUGAGGGUGGGGGCUCACAAAGCCUUAUACGGGGUGAGGGGUUGGUGGGAGGUUGGCAUGUGCACACUCCAUCUCCUGCUCACCGUCCGCCUCUUAUGUGACCUGUAACCCAGCUGGUCCCCCAUCUCUAAAGCUGAAUGUCAAACAGUGCCAAAUGCUGGGGCAAAGGGUGAAGACCCCUCUGUCCUGACCUAGCCGCCAGUGUCCCCUUAUUGCCCCUGACCCUGCCAGGUGCUCAUUGUAACCAUUUCUCACUAGUGUCAGGCCCCCAGUGGGACCACAUGCCACUGCCUGCACCCCUCAGCAGAGGAACUCUCACCAGGCAUCACCCUUUGCCUUAGCGGGGGUGACUUGAUUACUCCUAGCUGGGUCAUCCCACCCCCAAUCUGCCCCUUAUACACUCAGGCCUGUCUCUUUCCCACUCACACACUCCCUGGCCAAACUGCUCCUCCCUGCUGAACACACACUUGCACAUACAUAUACACACUCUGUGCACAUACACAGGCUGGGCCUGGGAACAUCUCUUCACACCAUUCAUUCUGGUCAUUUCUUGCAAAGGCAUCCCAGCCUGGGGGCCAUUGGGGGACUGAGGGCAGGGGGAUAUGGCCAUAGGGCUCAGAUGGACUGGGAGGAGGGGGGGAGGGUGAUACAUUAAUUAAUGGCUCCGUUAAUUAAUGUCACGUUGCUUGUCGCUUUCUCAGUGUGUGUGUAUGGUCCAUGCCCACUGCUGGUGCCAGGGUGGGCACCCAUGCUGUAUACCCAGCCUAGAUGCCAGCCAUGUCUUGCAGGGGCGUGUGUGUAACUGUAGUGUAGUCAGGUGCUCAAUGGAGAAUAUAAAAAUAAAGAAAGAAACAUAUACAGAUAAAUUAAUAUAUAUUUUAAGUUUAAAAAACAGAAAAGCAGACAAAGCAAUCCCCAUCAGGUAGUUGUCAAACCCCCAGCUGGGUCUGAUCCUUCUCAUCACCCACCCGACCUGGCUGUCCCCUCACCUCGGGCUCGGGGGAUCUGUGGGGGACUGGGGGGCCAUUUCCUUUUAUCUGCCCUUUUUUUUGGUUGUUCUAUUUUGUACAGACAAGUCAGAAAAACAACAGCGACAAAAAAGUCAAGAAACUUUGUAAAAUAUUGUGUGUGUGAUUCCUUGUAAAAUAUUUUCAAAUGGUUUAUUACAAAAGAUCAGUUAUUAAAUAAUGUUCAUAUUUUCACUUCAAAUGGUUCCCAUACACUGUCUCUGCCCUGGAGUGAGGACUGGCUGGCUUGAAGACAGGUGGCCAUGACCUCAGAGCCCCACUUACCACUUAAUUGGGAGUGAAGGCCAUAGCAAUCCAGGUCUCUGGUGGGUGGAGGGCAUGACGCUUCCCAGGCCUCCUAAGUGCUAGAUCCUUGACAUCCUUUGUCUUGUAUAAUCUUAUCAAAAGCCUCCAGGAAAAACUGUCUUUAAAAAAAAAAGUCUCCCAGAGGCUCAAGGCCAAGACUGUGGAGGAAAGAAGAUGGAGAUGAGAUGCAGGCUUCUAGCCAAUAGGAUCAGACUACCAGGUCAUACGCAGGUCCUCCAGGUGGAGCAAAGAGUGACUACCUGGCCCAAGUCCAUGACUUCGUGCUUGAGAGCCAGUGCUGCUGUCCAGAGGAGGCCAAGGUCUGGCCCACCCACAAGCAUGAUGGCUGCUCCUUCCCAGCCCAGAGGAGGCCUGGUGCUGUCAGUGGCCACUGCUGCUCACGCUGGAACACAGCUC